AUGUCCGACAACCCCGACUCGAGUGAUGGGCUACCAACGGCUGACUUGACCCCUGCCGCGGCUGUAGACGCACUGGAGCCCAAGUCGGAGCCUGGUGUCAAAACCAGGGGUCUGGGGCUAUCAACCCGGAAACUGACCGAGUAUGCCAAUAGCGUGAUAGCAGUGCAUGGAAUUCAUGGCGAUGCGACGGCAUGGGGCAUAGACAAGUCCAGUCUCGAGACAACCGAUGACUGUUGGUUACCUGCUCGUUUCGAGAAUGCAAGACUCAUGACAUUCAACUACGAAACCAAUCAUGAAAAGGGGCAGUACUACACACGUCUAGGGGUUGAGGAAGAAGCGACGAGCCUGCUGAGGGCUCUGCAGCAGCAUCGCCAAGGUGUCGAAAACAGACCGAUCGUGUUCGUAACCCAUGAUAUAGGCGGAUUGAUCGUCAAAGCUGCAUUGGCAUCACCAAGAUCGCACCGAGGUGACUUCCAGGCCCUUCAAAGAGAAGUCAACGCCCUGAUCACUUUCGGCUAUCCCCAUGUGUCCGCGCGGUCGGCUACAUGUGAUCUCACGGAGGAAUUCGUUUUGCUCGUCAAUCUGCGAUCCGAGUUAUUCCCCCGCAGCCGUGUCCGGAGGAUAGCUGCGAGUCUUGCCGAGACAUGUGUCGAGGUAAAUGGCGACUUCAUCCACGCCGGCGUUGUUGUCCGGACAAGAAUAAUAUCGAUUGCCUCGCAGCACAAGGAUGAGAGAAAGCGAGUGUUCGGAGCCAGCACUGUCUGUUUUGGCAAGAGUCUCGAGCAUGACAUAACUAGUAACGAACCUCAUCUCGACCUGAUCAAAAUAGGAACCACGGGUCCCGGGGCUUUGAAAGAGGCGAUAAACGCCGAUUGGAAAGCUCCCGGCCUUGAAGAAGAUCAAAUGAACCAAUGGUUCAAGUUCAGUUCCGGAGCCUCUCCCGUAUUUCCCCUGGCGCACCUGGAUUCCCAACUGCCAUUCGCAGCCCAGGAUCCUCUAGACAAGCUCCUCGCCUCCAAGUCCAGCCAGAUUCUGCAUAUACAAUGUGACGAGGCAAUCGCCGCUUCUAUUUCUGACGCUUUGGUUACCCAUAUCCGGAAUCACAAGAGGGAUUAUGUCGAUGUCCUUCACUUCCGAUUCGACUCGACCGAUCUUCGAUUUAACAAUGUGGGCGCCUGGCUUCGAACACUGAUUUCCACGAUGGCCUUUUACAGUAUGUCCAAUCGCAACUAUUGCGCCACAUUGGUGGCGGAUCAACUCAAGGCACUCCACGCUUGGGGCGCGAAAGACCUGUACUCGUACUUGGAAGACUACCUUCUCUUCCGAGGCACAGCCACUUACAUCGUCAUUCUCGCCAACUUUGACGAAUGCGACGAUUCAUCAUUGGCCUUCCUCAACCAACUUCGGCUCACUUUCAGCAAGACCGAAAGGAAACUCCGCUUUGUUUCAGGAUCGGAAAAUACUACCGAUAUCGCAUUUCAGCUGUCCAUGUUCUUUCAACGACACCCCCAGUACACCACCGACAACAUUAAACACCAGAUCAAAGAUGUCAUCACCGUACGGUACAAAGACCGGCCGGACUUGCGUACACAUAUCACCGGCUGGCUAAGUGAGCAGCGUGGCGGACUCCAAAAUUCAGGAGUGCGGGAGUGGCUCGCAACAUUAGCGGCGGCGGAGCCAACCGCAGAAGCCGUUUACCGCGCCAUUCUUAGCAGUCUGCCCCAGAGACAGCAUUCCUGGGCACGGAUUAUCUUUACAUGGGUUUUGACGACUGUUCGGCCGUUGAAAAUCAAAGAAUUUUUGUUCCUUUCCGACUUGGCCACUGCCAUGACUCAUGCAGAGGACGGUCAGAGUGAGCUGAGCGUUGGCUCAUUCUCCGGGGGGAAAUAUGGGUUAAGUGAUCUCCAGCAGUUGCGGGUUUUCGGCGGCCUCGUCGAAGAACGCAACGGAGAGAUCCGCCUGGUCAACCGGUCUAUCAGACGAUGGCUUUUGUCAGAACUUGACCAAAACACAACUCCAGACGACGGGAAAGAGGCAGAGGGUAGGGAGUGGUAUGCUUGUUUGGGCACCGAAGUUCAACGCCACCUCUCCAUUGUGAAGUUUUGUCUUGACUUCUUGACCACGUUCAAGUCCGAUGCACCGCUAAAGGCCCUUGGCUACGCCUCCCAGCACUGGGCUACUCACUACAAACUCGCUCGGAGUCUCGACAAAGAGGCCAUAGAAUCUAUCCAUGCCGAGAUAUCGAUAUUUUUUGAAGAUGCAACCGCAUGGGGCGCUUGGUGGCAGACAUACAGCGAGCUUGCCGACCGUCUCCAUAUAUUGGACCAAGUUGAAACGCGUCUCCAAAUCGCAGCACACCUGGGUUUGGACGACUUCGUCGAAAGUUUCAAGGAUGGGGUCAUUCUGCAUAGUACAUCCUACCGACAGGCAUUCGUCCAGGCGGCGGAAAUGGGCCACCUGGAAUCCCUACGCCUCCUCCUCCCCCCCAACGGAGCCCAGUUUGAAGUUGGCCUCCACGACGUCAACAUUCAGAAGUACGCCGAGGCAGCGGCUCGUGGAGGUGGCGAAUGUCUCAGGGAGGUUAUUGGCCGCAUUCCUAAGGAGGAUCUCAGCGACAUGGAAGAGCGUCCAUUCCUCUAUAACAUCCUGGGCAGGGCCGCUUGGGAUGGCCUUGACGAUGUCAUACGGCUGAUUGGAGACCCCGGACCGUACACGGACCAAAGUUCCGACUGCACCUUCCUGCCCAGGCAUUCGCCACUCAGUCUAGCUGUCCGGAGAUAUCACCCGGCUGCCGUCCAGGCGUUCCUAGAUGUUGGGGUCAAGGCGGACGUGUCGUGCUGUGACUAUGAGGGUGGAAGGGGUGUGCCGGCGGUGAAUAUAGCGGCCGACUAUGGGUCGGAUGAGGCUCUGGCUCUCUUGUUAGAGAAUGGGGCUGUCGUUAAUACCGGCUCCGACUGGACUGCUAUUCAGGGCGCGGCCGACUGGGGCCAGCACGCCAUCGUCAAGAUGCUGGCCGCCCAUAGCCCGUAUCGAGACUACAUUACGAGUGGCGGAUUCAACGACCCAGUCAUACGUACCGCAGAGAAUGGCUACCUCAAGACGUUUGAGGCUGCUUUUGUGCCCGGCGUCGACGUCAAUCUCACCUCUACCACUGGUACUCUGAUUUACCACGCUGUAUUUGGAGAAAAUAUCGAAAUUUGCCGUCUCCUGCUAUCGAAGGGCGCCGACGCCAACAUGUCUACUGCAUUGGGAAGGACACCUCUUGGUCGGGCGGCUUUGGACAACUUACCCGAAAUUGCUGAGCUCCUCCUGAAUCACGGCGCAGAGAUUAACAAGGCAUGUACUUUGCCAGAUAUUGCAGGCACGGUCCCACCCCUUUACGUAGCCGUUGAGAAGCGGCACAAGGAGAUGGUGGCAUUACUCCUAGCCCAUAAAGCGGACCCCAACGCUCAGACCUCUGACGGCUUGAGCGCGCUUUGUGCGGCCAUCUGCUCUCGCUUGCCGUCCUUUCUAACCAUGUUGACGCGGUCCGCAUGGUUCUUCGAGUUCCGGCCCGACCUGCACAAUGGUAACGUAGAUGGCGAUACUCCCCUGCAUUGCGUUACCGAGAGCGGUCCGGUCGAAAUCGCCCGGCUGCUCGUCAAUGCCGGCUGUGCUCUCGAUGCCUUGAACAAGAAGGGAAACUCCCCGCUGUCAAAGGCUGUCAAACGCUGUAACCUCGCCGUCGUAAAAUACAUGCUCACCAAGCCCUCGGCGCUCCGCACCCUCGACCUCGUUGGCGGCGACAACAGCAUCCCGCUCCAUCUGGCCUGCCGGGGUUACAAUCCCUCAUCCCCUUCUUCCCCUUCCGACAGCGAGGCCAUCAUCCGCCACCUCGUCUCCAAAAACGCCAUCGUGACGCUCCCCGCCGGUCGCUACGGCUUCGCACUGAACGCUGCCUCUUCAGCCUCAUCGCCGGGUAUAAUCCAGCUAUUCCUGGACAAGGGGGCCGACAUCAACGGGGCCGACCCCAUGGGCCGUCGUCCCGUCCACAUGGCGUGCUACAACUCGCUCGACGCCCUCCGGGCGCUCAACGUCCCCACGGAGCACUUCGCCAUCAAGGACAAGCUGGGCCGCCUGCCGCUGCAUUACGCCGUGCUCAGCGGGCUGGAGGACCUCCUCGAAGAAGUGCUGUCGCGGUCGGCCGACGCGGGCGUCUCGGUCGAUGAGGCGGAUAACGACGGAUGGACGCCGCUGCUGUGGGCCGCCCGGGCCAUGAAUCUGUGGUGCCACCAGGAUAGGGACCCGUCCGCGCUCGUGAUGGUGCGGAUGCUGCUGGAGAAAGGCGCGGACGCGGACGUGAGGGGCGAGGGCUUGUAUGAGAACAAGAAUUGGUCGGCGAAAGAGAUCGCGAUAUACCAUGGGGCUGAUGAGGCGGCGGAGCUGUUGGCGAGUAUGGAAACGCCGGCGACGGCGAGGGCGAGCCAGAGUAGGAGAAGGGGUGCUAUCAUCGCCGAACUCUAUUGUGAUAAAAUACGAGGCGUGUACUUCCAAUGCACCACCUGCGACCAUUACAAGCUGUGCUUCAAGUGUUACCGGGCCAAGGACGCGGUGCACCCGAACCACGACUUCUCCGACAAGGGAUACGACCAUGAUCCGGACGUCGAGGAAUCAGACUCGGAAACAAAGCCCGCCAUCAACGGCAGCCCGACAUCAGAGAAAUUGGCUAACGAAAUUGGCGGGGGUGACGACCAUGAUGAGGCUUUUGAUGACGAAGUUGUUAGCGAUGACGAGGGCGACAAGGUACCAUUCCGCUACUGCUACCGCUAG